CUGUCAUGAUUGCAGAUAUACUUGUGAAGCAGAUGUUAUUUAGGAUGGAUGGAUAUUCCCGAUGUUAAGCAAUAUGCAGAAGACUUGUAUUAAACAUCUCUGACUGUGGCAAUGGUUGAUAUAAAGAUGGGAGACUGUUGGAGCAAUACAAAGGAUCAAUUUGACAACUUGGAAAAACACACACAAUGGGGAAUUGAAUUUGUAGAGAGAUACAACAAAUUUGUUAAGGACCGGACAGAAAUUGAGAUCAGCUAUGCAAAGCAGCUUAGGAAUCUUUCGAAGAAGUAUCAGCCAAAAAAGAACUCUAGGGAAGAAGAAGAACAGAGAUACACAUCAUGUCAAGCAUUUCUAGCCAUUCUGAAUGAAAUGAAUGACUAUGCAGGCCAGCAUGAGGUGAUUGCUGAGAACAUGAGCGGGCUAAUAUUUGCUGAGCUGUCACGCUAUAUCCAGGAACUCAAGCAAGAACGGAAAUCGCAUUUCCAAGAAGGAAGAAGGGCGCAACAACAUAUAGAAAGUUGUUGGAAACAACUUGAGAAUAGUAAAAGAAGGUUUGAGCGAGAUUGUAAGGAAGCCGAACGAGCUCAACAACACUUUGAAAAGAUGGAUAAUGACCUGAAUGUAACAAAGGCUGAUGUGGAAAAGGCUCGGCAACAGGCCCAUACCCGACAUCAGAUGGCAUCAGAUAGCAAGAAUGAAUAUUCCAGUGUCCUGCAGAACUUUAAUAAGGAACAGCAUGAACAUUAUUUCACAAACAUACCGAACAUAUUCCAGAAAAUUCAAGACCUGGAUGAAAGACGAAUAGUCAAAAUUGGUGAAUCAAUGAAGACCUUUUCAGAGGUUGACAGACAAGUCAUACCCAUCAUUGGAAAGUGUCUCGAUGGAAUCACAAAAGCAGCUGAAUCUAUUGAUGAAAAACAUGAUACACAGUUGGUGAUAGAAGCCUUUAAAUCUGGAUUUGAACAGCCUGGUGAUGUUGAAUUUGAGGAUUUCAGUCAGCCUAUGAAGCGGACUGUUUCUGAAAGCAGUCUCUCCAAUAGUAGAUCUGAUGGCAAACAAGAAUCCAAAGGUGGCAAAUCCAAGGGCAAACUCUGGCCUUUCAUCAAGAAAAAUAAGCUUAUGUCCCUUUUAACAUCUCCUCAUCAGCCUCCUCCUCCUCCCCCUUCCUGUUCCUCACCUUCUGCUGUUCCAAAUGGCCCUCAGUCUCCCAAGCAGCAAAAAGAGCCCCUCUCUCACCGCCUGAAUGAAUUUAUGACCUCCAAACCUAAAAUCCACUGUUUCAGGAGCCUAAAGCGGGGGCUUUCUCUCAAACUGGGUUCAGGACCAGAAGACUUCAGCAAUCUUCCACCAGAGCAACGAAGAAAGAAACUUCAGCAAAAAAUUGAUGAAAUUAACAAAGAAAUCCAGAAAGAAUCUGAUCAAAAAGAUGGUUUAAUAAAAAUGAAGGAUGUAUACAUAAAGAAUCCUCAACUGGGUAGGCCGGAGACUGUGGAUCCCAGACUGGCAGAAAUUGAGCAAACCAUUGAAAAACUGCGUCAAGAGAGUCAGAAAUUUGAGGCUUGGCUUGCAGAGGUAGAAGGUCGUUUACCAGUCAGGACUGAUCAACCAAAACGAUCAAGUGAGAUGCAUGAGUUGCAGAGCACUACUGUAAACAAUUGUGCACAAGACCGAGAGAGCCCUGAUGGUAGUUAUACCGAAGAACAGAACCAGGAUCCUGAAUUAAAAGUUGCAGCACAGUGCGAGUUUGAUGAUGAAUUUGAUGAUGAAGAAAUACUGGCAGCAAUUGGCACAUGCAAAGCCAUGUAUCCUUUUGAAGGUCAAAAUGAAGGAACAAUAGCAAUGGCAGAAGGAGAAACACUGAGCGUGAUAGAGGAAGAUAAAGGAGAUGGUUGGACAAGAGUCCGAAGGAAUGAAGACGAGGAAGGAUACGUUCCAACAUCCUAUGUGGAAGUAUAUUUGGACAGAAAUACCAAAGGUACCUAAGGUGGUGCGCUGGUCCAAGAAUCAUGGGGCGAGCUGGGUAAAUUCAUGCUGAAAAGGCCAUAUGUGGUUUCCUUUCGUCAGAGAUAAAAUUGUGUGUAGCGUACGGGAGCUGUCAACAAUUCAUCUGUAACUACCCAUUAAGAGAAUUGUAGUGACUAUUCACCUAUUCUAAAUUUUUUUCUAAAAUUGAAUUUCCAAAUAAUUUGUUGUUUAUUUUCUUCCUCUUCUCAAUCUCCAUUCAUUCCCUGCCAAAACAAUCCAUAAGAUUAUGUAUAUUUCUCAAGUUGUACCCAUUAAUAUUCUUCAAAUAAAAUGCCAGAGGCAUUUGUGCCCAUGCAUUAAUGCCAUAUUAUUUAGUCACAGCCACUUAAUUAGCUAUCAUGAUUUUAGAUCUUUGUAUCUACCGCAAGUAUACUUGAUUCACAUUUUAGUGUGAAUUAUGUUGUUUUUGUCAAAGCAUGGAGAAAUUGAAAUUAGACCAAAUCAGGCUUGCUAAAUGUAUUUGUGGUCAUGUAAUACACACAUCUGGUAUGUGGUAGAUUUCUCUGUUACCAUCACAUUAUUAUUAUUUGUUUAUAGCACUGCCCAAUAUCAGACUUCAGUCUACAUUUUCUUAUCUGCAUGCUCGCCCUGUUGCUCUACCUGUGCCCACCUUCUGAGGGUCACUACUUGUGACUCAACAGCACAUUUUUCUUUAUUUUUGUUUUGUUUGCUAUAUGAUAUUGAAUUUAUGGUCAUGUGACCCUUCGCUUAUUUUAUUUUCUUGCAUGUUUACCUGUGUGUUUUGUUGGAGUUUCUGCUGAAUGGUAGUUGCAUUCCCUAAGGCCGUCUCCAAGCCACUGCCUGCUAAAAUAUUUCAUAAUGGGGUUUCAGCUGAUUAUGACUAUUUUCUCCACUUCAACAUAUCAAGAAAAAAAGUCAAACAAAUUAAAGUUAAUAGAUUACAUUCCCAGUACACACACAGCCAGGAAUGAUGGAUACUUAGAACCAAAUUAUUGUAACAAUGUUUUUGGCAGAGUUUUUUCUUUCAUUUUAAAAGAUAAUCCAGAGUAGAGAGCAAAUUUUUAAUAUUCUCUUUCAAGGGUCACAGUUUCAAGCAAUGACUUUACAUUGCACCCUGCAAUGAAGGGACAACAGUGAAUACCAAUGAGCCCACAGUAAAAUGAAUUGAUAAUAGUGGUCAAGGGUGAAGGGGGAUAGGGUCACUUUUAAGACCUUGUACUUCUAAGCCUUGUACUGUUCCACGUGAGGCCUGUAUGCAACCUGCUCUCAGGUUAGUUGUAUUUUGUAACCAGCCACUACGAGCUGCUCAAAAUAUUUUUCCCUUCCUAUCAAAACAAACCUGAUUUCCAUUCAGUUUCUUCGUAUAAGUGAAUGGCUGAGUUUGGAAACUCGUUUCAUUGGAGGAGAUUGUAUUCAAGUACAUUCAUAUUUAUACACUCCUUUACACAGUAUUUGCAGGCCCAAGACGUCGAUAUUAACUUCACCAAAUCAAAACUCCACUUUUUUGCCCACUCUCCAUAAUUCUCCAACCCAUUACUAAUCAAAAAUGUUUCGGUCUCCUCCUCAAAUGUAGCCUAGGUCCUGGCAUCCAACAUAUUCUAGAUAGUGAAUUCCACAGAUUCAAGACCCUUUGAGAGAAGUAAUUUCUCCUCAUCUCUGUUUUAAAUCUACUACCCAUUAUCCUAAAAUUAGACCUGUCAUUUUCAGAUUGCCCCACGUGAUAAAACAUCCACUCUAAGUUUACUUUGUCAAUCCCCUUUAGCAUCUUAUACACCUCAAUUAGAUCUCCUCUCUUUCUUGUAAACACCAGAGAGUAUAGGCCUAAAUUGCUCAAUCUCUCUUAGUAAGACAAACUGCUCAUCUCUGGAAUCAAUGUAGUAAACCUUCUCAGAACUGGCUGCAAUACAGUUAUAUCCUUCCUCAAGUAAGUGUGCUACUGCCGAUCGUUACCAUUGAUGGCCAAAGUAAAAAAAAAAUUACUUUUAAGUGUAUAUCCGAGCAAUCAAAUUGAUGGUUCUGAAUUCUCUGCAUAGGUAAUGAUUUGAUCAAUAGUUCUAUUAUUUAUUCAGUUAUCAAACCUAAUUAAGCUAUCCAAGAAACUGCUCUCAAUUGUAGUUGUAAAUCAAUUAGUAUAAAAAUAUAUAAAUUAAAAUCUCUGAAGUAAAUUCCACAGUGGAGUAUUUUUUUCAAAUUCAGCUGAUACCCUGUGUUUACAUCAGUAUUAUAAAUACAACAGUUGCAGAAAAACACAAAUACCUCAUUGAUUUAUUUUCUAGCAAAAGUUCAGCUUCAUGUUGGGUUGCACAAGCUUUUGUUACUUCUUCCAAAUAUGUAUUUUUCUACCUAAUUAGUAAUCAUCAAGAUUUAUUGUUUCUAUUCUAAAAUCCAUUUUUCUUUAAUGGAUGCAUGUUUAUUGCAAAUCUUCUGUUUGAUGUCAUUGCUCUGACUUUGGGUGAUUAGUUACAUUGAAGUUAAGGAAGCCGUAGUAUCAAAGUGCAGGGGAGGUACCAGACUGUCUGGUGUCUCAGAGGAUAAACUAACUAAGAUUUAAUAAAGUGUAUUUUGGGAAGGUGAUGGCAUGGUGGUAAUGUUUAAUGUUCUGGCAACAUCGGUUCAUAUCCCCCCAUAGUAGAUAAUGAAAUUUGAGUUCAAUAUUUUAAAAAUUCUGGAAUUAAAAACUACCCUAAUGGAGAUCAUGUAACCUCUUUUAAUUGUCAUAAAAAUGCAACUGGUUCAUUACUGUCCUUUAGGGAAGGAAAUCUGCCAUCCUUACCUGGUCUGGCCUACAUGUGACUCAAGAUCCACAAAUGUGGUUGAUCCUUAGCUGCCCUCUGGCUAGUCUAGCCACAGGUGUUCACAUCCUAUAAGCAAAUAAAGAAAAAGGACUUUAUCUAGAAGAGGCCACAAUUCAAGUUUGAAAGCUCCAGUUUAAUGUGGAAAUUAUAAUUUGCUUUAUCAUAGAAUCCCUACAGCAUGGAAGCAGGCCAUUUGGCCUAUUAAAUCCACACCACCCCUCCAAAGAACAUCCUACCCAGACCACCCCACCCCCACUCACCCGAUCCUAUCCCCGUAAUCCUGCAUUUCCAAUGGAUAACCUACCUAGCCUGCACAUCCCUGGGCAAUUUAGCGUGGCCAAUCCACCUAACCUGCAAACCUUGGACUGUGGGAGGAAACUCUCACAGGCACGUGGAGAAUGUGCAAACUCCACACAGACAGUCACCUGUGGCAUGUUACUGGUCAUUUUUUUAAAAAUUAGUAAAUUGAAUUUGGACCAGAUUAGCACUAAAUAUGAUGGUGUUUCUCAGAAAACAUCACUGAAGAUUCAACAUGUUUUAAUUCAAUAUUAUUAAAUGGUCCAGAAAGUGUGGUAGUAGUUGUGUAACAUCUUGUUAAACCAGCUAAGGUUGAAUAUCACAAUAACUGUUUGACGGGACUUCAAGCAUAAUCUUACAUCGGGAAACCCUACUAAGAUGUACGGGUAUCUGUCUGUUUCUCAUUUAGAACUAUGAUAGAAUCCCUACUUCUUGUGUCAUGUGAGCCCCGUCACUUCUUAAGAACCUUUUGAACUUUGGGAUGUGAAGUGACAAGCUCUUCCUGUGUUUCUCACAGCAGUCCCAUCAGUUGAACCAACAGAUGUUAUGUGAAAGCAUUGUGAUUUUUGUUUUGUUGACUCCAUUUCCUUCCUCAUUCCUAUAGAAAGGAUGCAUGAACUCUUCUAAUAGUGUAGCAGGGAUAAGGAACAUGGUCUAAAAAUGAACAGACCAUAAUCUACAAGUGUUAGGUGGGAGCAAUGACUGGGAAUAGUAAGAAACAUAUCUUUGCCUUGUAUCAAAAUGCCAAGUAUUUACCCAGAAGAACCUCCAUCAUUGCCUGUUUUUAAAUAAAAAUAAUAUUCUAGUAAAUUGUAACCACUUGCCUUGGAUAAAUUUUAUUUACGAGUUUUUACUGCCAGGUUUUAAGUGUGUUUUGUACCGUUUAUUAAAAGCACUUGACCAAAUAACUCCAAAUAACAACAUUACAGAAUUUCACAAUGGAUCAUGGUGGAAAAUGAAAAUGAUUUAUCACUAGGUGAAUUAGGUUUAAAAGUAGAUAAUAUGGAAAUUAUGGAUCUGUAUAAGAUGGAAAUAGUAAGCAUUGUGGAGUUUAGUCAUGGGGGAAUGAUGGUGAGGUAUGAAUAAAAGUGAGAUUUAGCUUCUGUUAAAUUGUUUACUGGAAGAAGGUAGCCAUCAGAUUUCUUCAAGAAUCCCUGAGAUUGCUUUCAAUAAACUUGACUUAUUUUGCUGUUUCUAGCCUGUCCUUAUCAGUGAACAUUGAAGAGGUGUUGUAAUUAACUGGUUUGCUAAUCUACAAUGUCCCCAUAAUAGUUGGGUAUUAAAUGCAACAAAAUUAAAGGAAAAUAGCUACAGAUAGCAAUGCGAGCAAAAUAUUUAGUAGUCAUUUUAAAGCACAGUCAUUCAAAUGAAGAUUGAAACUUAAACAUAGCCUAGCAAUGACAUCAGAUAGAAUGAAACACAAAGAGCAGCACUAAAUCCAAAUGAACUGUCUGAAAGGAAUAAUGCACAUGAAUGGCCAAUGAGAAAAAUGUGAGUUAUACUUAUCUGAAUGUUUUCCUUUACGUAGAAAUCAUUAUUUGUAACUGAAAGCUGCAAUGAAAUGCUAAGAUUUUUAUUAUUUAUCGGACUGACUUAGUCUCUGGAUGACUUUAGCACUAGUCUUUAUGCUUGCUGCGAUUUGUGUAUUUCAGUUUUGGUUUUCAUCUGUCCCACUCACAUGGAAAUGUGGAGGCAUUGUUUUAAACAACUGCUUAAAAAUUAAUGCAUUUUUCAAUUGCAUUUGGAAAUUAUACAAAGGGCACUGUCAUUUAUUUGUAGAAUUGGAACUCUCCUGCAGAUAUAGUGUUUUCUUUGUAAUUGGGGAGCUCUGUGCAAAAGGCUCUCUGAAUCAAGAGAUAUUUAUCUGAAGGAGAGUAGUGGAGGGGAACAUUCCGUACCUAUAGCAUCAUCAAUUUUAUACACCCUGAUUGAUUAUGGUGAAAAAUUAGUUUUUCAACAAACAAGUUGUGCUGUUACUUAUCAAGAAAGCAUUCAGAAAUUAUGUGAAACAAUUCAGAUUUAUUAUUGAAAAUGAAGCUGUUGUGCAUGCAUUGAGUUAAUGAAUGGACCCAGUCAAAUUAACACAUUACGCUGUGGGACAGGAGAACCAAAUCGAAAGUGGAUGAAAACACACAUUGCUUUGUCUGUUUGCUGACUGGCACUGUGUGUGGCUUUCUAUUUUUGCGUUGUACACUUAUUUUGCACAUUGGCCCUCCCCCAGGACCUACAAAUCUAUACUUGCAAUCUUUCCUAGAACAUGUUAAGACUUGUGUUUUAAUCCAGCAAUGGAGAUACCAACCUGUCAAACUCACCAAGAUGUCUUAUGUUUUUCCUCAAAUCACUUGGCAAUUGAAAUCUAGGUCUGACUUUUGGCAACUGAGAAGAAUAGCUCAAGUUAGAAAAUUUCCCGGCAAGACUUGCUGGGCUGGGAAUAGAGUUAAAAUGAAGAAAAAUAAACUUUAAACAAUCUUACACAGCUCUCACUCUUAUACUUGAUAGUGGGGAGUAAACUGCCAUUGAUAAGAUGCAUUCAAUACAUUAAAGUCUCUUCAAAUGUUUGAUCUCCUCUAAAAACAAAAUUCUGUUCAAUGGCAUCAAAGUCUUUUAUAGCCUCUUUGAGCUGUCAAUCAAACUGUGAAACUGAGUGCUUGCUGAAAUAAUUGUAGCUUUUUAAAACUCUGCUAAGCAUUUGUAAUGAAAUAACGAUACCCUUUUUUUUGGAAACAACAACAAAGAACUGUAUGAGGCUGCAUGACAUGAUGCUAUGUAAUCUAAACCUAUCAGACUCUGAGAAUUGCACCUUGCUUUUUUAAAAAAUGUUUAGGGUGGGGCAUUUUAAAAACUUCAGGUUAUAACAGUCAUAAUGACCUUACCCACUGUUCGAGUGUUUGUGCCAUCAAUUUUGUCUCCCACAAUGAUAGUUCAGACUUUUGCGACUGCCAAAAUUUUUUCAAGUUGAAUUCAAUACUGAGUACAAAUGGUCCUGCUGAGUUCAAGUUUCUGUCCUUCAUGAUUCAUGUCAUUCCUUUCCCCCUCGCAGUAAGAAUUGAACCUGUUGGAAUAGGUGGGAUUUCUGUAUCUGACUCCUACCUGCCAUUUUUAAAGAUCAAAUGUAUGUACUCAAAACAGUUUCUUUAAAGGCCAGUCUUUGGAUGGCAAAUUCACUGGACUUUUCCAACUUCAUGUUGGUAUCGAAAGAAGCCUAACAUGUCAAAAUAAUCUUGCUCAAAAAAUGAGUUAAAAGUCUAACUUCUGUUUGAUUUCUUACCAGAAGUUACAAGGACUCUAAUGCUAAUUAAUCCCCAGUCCUGGUUGAUACUAAUCAGGUGGUCAGGUUUCGAUAGGAAUUUAAUAAUACAUCCAGGAACAAAAAUACCAGUAACAAUAAUAUGAACACAUCUAGGUAGAGGGGCACAAAUUUUAUUGUUUAAAGCGUUUUACAAGUGCUAACCAUGUCCAGUUAUACCAUGUCUAAUGAACCGUUUAAUGUCACAAGAAAAUAAAAUAGUUUUCAAAAGGAAGCUCUCUGAUGGUCCUUUUAAUCUUUUGACUAAAAUCAACUGUCUUAAUACAAGUCAAACAAAAGUUCCACUCAGAUUAUGUGUUAACGCGUUUAUACACACUUGUUGUGAACGUUAUGCGUGUGGGUAGUCAUCAUGGGCUAUAAGUUUUAAAAUAAUUAUUAGAUCAUCCGAUCUUUAACAGCGUUCAGCUGUUAAUGUUUCACGAACCUUAACAUGCAGAAACCUAGAAAAGAUGGCAAGUAUUGAGUACUGAAUCUGUUAGCUACCAGUUCAAGUUUACAGAAAACUGCUCUUCACAAACUGAUACAAUAUCAACUAUGUUUAGAAUGCACUAUACAACUAUCAGUGAUCAAGUUCUAAUUUCAGAUUAAUUUCAGGCUAAAUCAAUAACUGUUAAGAAUGUCUUGAAUUUCACAAUAUAAUUCUUGAUUGACAAAAUAUUAUUGUCAGACAAAGUUUAUUGAAUAUUUACAGUAUUCAUGAUGGACUGCAGUAGUAUUUGAGGAGCAGUAGCAAGUAGAAUGUUUUCGAAAUGACUGUUGUUAUUUUUACUGAUGAAUUCAGGAAUCUUAUUUUAGCAUGUGCAUUAGCUGGCAUCAGAAAUUGAUUAAUUUUGUGCUUCCUCACAGCAAUACCAUGGUAACUUGUGGAAUCCCUCCUUGGUUUUUUCUUCCCUGUAGAUUCUUGUUAUGAGCCAGAAAAAGUAAUGUUAUGAUUAAUGGUUUACUAUCUUUUAGUCCCUUUCAUUGUGUAAAUAUUUUAGGGUCAAUCAUUCAACAAAAACUUUGAUGGAAAAGCAACUGGUUUUAAAAAGUUACUUCCUUUUUUGGUUGAAGAUUACAGAUAUUCGUUGGUUAAAUUUUUAUUUGUUUUUUAAUAAUGUAAAUCCUUCUUAGCCAUUUUUGACCUCCAGAAAUAGCCAAUUUAGAGCCUUAAACAUGGCUUUUUAAUUUUUUUAUAUAAAUACUGUAUUGUGCACUUUUGUUAUGCCUUGUUUCUGAGCACUGAGUUAAUAUUGUUCUUAUAAACAUUUUACCCUGUACAAUGUGCCAACAUGAAUGUUCCAAUUUAUACAACUGUAAAUGCUGUGCUUAUUUUAGAUUUUGGGGAAUGACGUUGAUGCCCUCUUCCAUAUACAAUCCCGUAUGUAAAACAUGCUGUCGGUAUCCACAAAUAAAAACAAGUGCUGAUUAUAUCUGAAUAGGAAAGGCAGACAGAUAUUCAAUCUAAACUAUUUUUGUUCUAAAUGUGAUUUUUACAGGAAAAUGUGUUGUUCCAGGUCUUUGAAGGAGCAAAUUGGUAGAAAACAUUAAACUGGUGGUAGAGGCAUUUAACUUGAUUUGAGCAUUUGUUUACAAUUAACUUUUGCUGAUAAAUGUAUAGAAGAUGAACCACUAAUCUCUUCUUGGAGAUACCCAUACUAUCUUUUACAUAUCUCCAAUUUGGAGUUCAUCCAUACAGACCUAAAAGAAAAGCCUUGGGACUUUUGUCUCAUUGCUCAGUAAUAUGAAAAAUGGAAAAGUUAGGCAAACUGCUAUCUUAAAGAGACAGGUCAUCAAGUUGACUGAAGUCAUUACACUCGUCUGUCUGGGGUACAGAGUGAGCAGUUACAGUGUGCGAAAAGCAUGAAAAUAUUCCAAAUAUGUAAGGCCAUGUGUGAACCAAAUUGUGUUUUAUUAAAAUUGGAAUAAAAAUCACUUUUUUUAAAAUUCAGGAUUUGGUAGGAAGUGGAUGUUAUUGAAAAGGAUUUUAAAAUUGAACGCAACAAUGCAAAAAUGCCUCCAAAAAGACCACCAGCUUAUUAUUGAAUCUAUUAAGUUGAGAAUCAAAUUCUCAGUAAUCUUUCAUAGAAGUGGACAUUUGGUCAUCAGCCCAGUAUGCAGAAUGCUUUCAGAUUCUUCUGUUCACCCCUUCAUAUAAUCACCCCAUGACAGUAGGGACACAAGACUUGAUAACAAAUGUGAAAAAAAACUGUAUUUUCACAGACCGGGAAAGUACAUUAAGAAAACAGUUACAUAUCUAAUAUUUUCAGUAAAAUAUUUGAAAUGUUAACUGUUUUACGAAGCACUGUUCACUACCUUUGUCACCAGUGUAGUUUUGAAGUAAGCUGUCUAGAAAUUUCUCACAGUCAACUAGCCAUGAAGGGGCAAUUUGAUUCUAGCUCACUGGGCGGGAAACCCACUAGAUCAGAUGGAACCUUGAUAUGACACUUCACCUAAGAUUAUUUAUAGGUUUCAAUGGAGAGUAAAAUUCAGGAAGGUUUAAAAUCAAUAUUGAACCAAUCCAGUCAUUUUCCUAAAUGAAGGAAGAGGCUAAAUUUACCCCCACUGAGUAGGAUAUAAAAUCAGCAAUCAACUUAAUUCCCAAAAAUCUAAAGAAAUUAUAAAUUGAAACCUCUUCUUUCCAACUCACUUAUGUUUUAAAGGUGUUGUUAAAAGUUGUCAAUGAUUUUCAUCAUCAGCAAGAAAAUACAAGAGCUAAAGCCAUUGAGUUGUCCUCACAUUGCCAUCCUAUUUGGUCUUGGACUUGCCAAUACUUGACAACUCUACUCUUUGUAGCAUUCUGAUAGGGCACAGCAGAUGGCCUGAUGUGAUUUGUUAGGAAUGGACUUGUGAAGCUGCAGAUAAUAUUUGAAGUGUACAAGAUACGCAGUUUACUUUGAAUAUUUGCUGAAAGAAUUGUAAUGCUGCUAUCUAGAAGCAGUCGACUCAAAUAAAGGAAAUGGAGCAAAGUGGCAAUUGAAGAUCAAAGAGCCUUUGAGUGUCCAGAAGAAAGGAGCAAAACUUCAGAUUAAGCAAUCAGCAAUCCUCAGUGAAAAUAAAUCUACAAAAUAUUUACAUGUUAGUCUGUGAUAAUAGAAAGCUUGCACUUCAGCUUGUGAUUUAAAUGUUUUUGUUUGAUUCUUCAAUGAGUUUCGCCAAACAUGAAAUGAGUUAAUAUUGUCAUAAAUGUAACUUGGUUUUCAUUUCCCUUUCUAAUGGUUUAAAUGAAUAAAUCCUGGCUUGAAACAAAUAAAUGAAAAGCUUAAUUAAGCAGCUAAUUUGAAAAUGUAAAGUGUGGACUUCAUUUCCUGUUGUUGAAUUAGAAGCUGGUGAUAAAACUACUUAGAAUGGGAGAGACAACCUGGCAGAUACCUGAACUUUAUUUACAUGCAUGAAAAUUAAAGUAUUGUAUUUCAUGCAAAAUACCUAUAACAUUUCUGGUUGACUGGUUCAAAGAAAAAUAUACUAAAGGAGUAGGAAAUGUACAACUCAAAAGCAAGAAAA